CUACGUCAACAUAGCCCUGGAAGGUUCCGCUGAUUGUCAAUAAUUAGGUAUUAUUAUACAAUACACAUUCUUUCCCUCAGUCUAUACCGCUCAUUCGUGGUUCGCAAACUUGGCAGCGAACCGAUCAUUGCACGAUGCGACCCGACGGACCACGCGAUCCGGUUGCGGGACCAGACGAUGGCCCCGCUGCGCCGUUCCCACUCCGUUUGAACGGCAAAGUUAUCAAAGGAUUUGGCCGUGGCAGCAACGAGGUCAGUUCAGCAACCCGCAUUCUUGCCUUGGCUCGGAAAGAUUCAUACAUCAAGACCUUACAUUCCAUCGAUACAAGCUCAAGCAUUGGGAACUUCUGUUCGCUGCCUUUGCAAAGCACGUUGCGGCGGAAUCCCCAAGACUCGUUAUCGCAAUAUCUUAUGAACGCAGUUGAACAUCCAUGUUGUUGACCGUCUUACUGAUGGUAUAACUUUCAGCUGGGAAUACCUACGGCCAACAUUCCUUUAUCCGGACUCUCUGUUGGAGGACAUGACGAGAUC